UUUGUCACUUCCUCCAGGUUGGACCAUGGUGGACCGGAGAGACUGAAACUUGAUGUGAGGAAAUAUGCCUGUGAACUGGAACUGGACACAAACACAACACACAAAAAUCUCAAACUGUCUGACAACAACAGGAAGGUGUCAUGUGUGGAAGACGAUCAGUCAUAUCCUGAUCAUCCAGACAGAUUUGACUCCUGUCCUCAGCUGCUGUGUAGAAAUGAUCUGACUGGUCGCUGUUACUGGGAGGUCGAGUGGAGAGGAACAGUUUUUACAUCAGUGACUUACAGAGGAAUCAAAAGGAGAGGAGGCAGAUAUGACUGUGAGUUUGGAAGGAAUGAUCAGUCCUGGAGUCUGGACUGCUCUGAUGAUGGUUGUUACUCUGUCUGGCAGAAUAACAAAAAAACAUCCAUCUCCUCCUCCUCCACUACCUCCUCAUCUGUCUCUAACAGAGUAGCAGUGUAUGUGGACUGUCCUGCUGGCACUCUGUCCUUCUACAGAGUCUCCUCUGACACAUUGAUCCACCUCCACACCUUCAACACCACAUUCACUCAGCCUCUGUAUGCUGGAUUUGGAGUCUGGUCUGGUUCCUCAGUCUCUCUGUGUCCUCUGUAGGAGGGAGAGUCUCUCUGUGUCCUCUGUAGGAGGGAGAGUCUCUCCUGUGGACAGAAACUCUGCUGACUGAAGAUCAGCUGCUGAAAUCAAACAUCACACACACUCUGCACUGUGAAGCAGAUCUGUCUCAGACUCAAACAC